CAUAUGUGAGCUACAGUGAGAUAUGGACAUCUAUAAAUGAUGACAUCGUUUUGGAUAUCAGGACUGACGGCAGCUUUUUAGAGUACAUUGUAAACGUAAAAAGUGAUGUCGACAUUAGCAGUGCCCGUUUCUGUGAAGAGGAGUUCCUCCCAGAGGUCACCACCCCGGGCCAAGAGAGGGGCCGAUGUCAGGAGGACAAACAGCUUCAACCUCCUUGCCAGGCCCAGCAAACCGGGGGAUCGCCUGAACGUGGAGUUGCUUUACAGUCUUACUCCAUAUAAAGAAAAUGUGGAUGAAGUCUCGGAAUAUGCUCGCUCAAUACUGAUUAACGCAAUUAAAAUGGAACCCCAUGUGCAUGACAUUUUCUUUCCGAACGAGAAUCCAGACCCUGUGUUAGAUUAUCUAGAUACCCGAGGGUUUCCAAUGGACAAACUUGCAACGGCUUUGGUUGCUGAAAGCAUAUCAAAGAUAAAAGACGAGUAUAAGUUUCAUCAAAUGAUUGAUAAAAGCUCGCUACAAGAUGUGUUGAGAGAUAUUUAUAAUGGUCUGCAAUGGAAAAAACUCGGUUUCUGUCUCUACUCGUUGACAUAUCCAGAUGUGGUCAGAGACCAGAAAACGGGGGUCUGUCUACGAGAUUUCAUCGACGACAAUGGGCACGUCUGGGCAGAGAAACUCCUGGCCCACAUUAUGGAGCCUCGCUGGACUCUAAUGUGGAUGUUCCGUAUAGUGCGAGGACAGUGCACGGAGGCGGACUAUAACAGAGAAAUGAACGCUCUCUUUGUCAAAAUCCACCUUCUGGACCCGCAAGUGGUUAUACCAGCCUUCCAGUUCCUGCUCAACCAGAAAGCACUUCCGUCAGUAAAUUUAGAGCUAGCAACAAGGAACUACCUUGGCGGGUCUUUAGACUCCUCCCUCUUAGACGAGGAAGUAAUGGCGGCUGAACACAAAGACUCGGUACCUCUGAACGCCUCACGGAUCAGCCUCUCCGACCUGGAGGUGACCCACGGGGUGGAGGUAGAGGAAUUUAUCACCAGUGAAUGCAGAACUCUUGACAUCUGGAACGAAAAACGGCCUGAAAACUCCAAACUCUCCAAAGCACGUGACCGAUGUGUCGUCAUGUGAUUGUGCGUUGUGUAUUAGCCAAACCUACUUUUACUUUUAUGCUCUUUAUUUCAGCAGCUAGAAUGUUUUAUAUAUGUCUCAGAUCUACAUCCUUGUAAAUAGUUUUGAUGCAUUUGACAAGUAUUAAUACUCAUUAAAAUAUUAUUUUCAUGUUAA